AUGCCCGAUAACAGCAACUCCCACGGAGAGCCCCCACCCACAAAAGGACGGAAGCGCAUCUUCAAUGUAAGCAUCCUUGUAUUAGAGAACGACAGGAGCGACAGCAACGACAGCAACGACAGCAACGACAGCAACGACAGCAACGACAGCAACGACAGCAACGACAGCAACGACAGCGUGUCAGUCGUGUCAAAGACGGAAAAGACGCUGCGACGGCGCGAGGCCCCGUUCCAAGAACACCUCCGAGCCCUUGAAGAGAGGUUAAAGAAGCUCGAGUCCAAGCAGCACCAUAAAGAGGAUAGCCUCGACGAGACGCAUCAACAUGAAGCAUCGCCCGAACCAGAAGACGAUGAGCAGGACACUUCAACAGACAUGUCCAGCAUUCAUAAGACAGUCAGAAACAGGCUAUCGACGAUAUUUACUGAGCUGCAAGGCCUCCAGUUCUCAGUGGACAAUAGUCCAUUCCAGCGAAGGAUAUUCGUGCCGCUGCCGAAUCAACAUGUCUUGUCUCGAAUCAUGCAGUCACAGCUGGAGUCUCUCCAGAUCCAUGGCGUGGUCUUCAGCACAAGCCCGAUCCUCGCCCUCAUCGAUGAGCAGUUCCUCGGCGGAGGCAAAAGCUCGACUAAUGAUCCCUCUCGGUGGACGUUGAUCAAUGCCCUCCUGGCAAGCACCAUGCUGUGCAAGGUCACCAACGAGUACCCCGAGGCUUACACGCGGCCGGUCUGGGGUUUGUUCAAGAACGCCUUUGCUCUGUUUCCAGAGCUCAUGAUUCAGAAGCCAACGCUGCAGACUUGUGAGGCGCUCAUCGCCAUGGUUUUCUUCAUGCAGGGUCAUGCAGAUGCACGUACAAUGGUGCAGCUUAUUACAGCACUGUCAAGAAUUGUACAAGAACUGGGCCUUGGCAGACAAGAGCGGUCUGCGAAACUGGCGGCAGACGAAGCGACCCGGGUGAAGCACAUCUUGUGGGCAACGUACAUCUUCAACGCUGAUGUUGCAGACUCCCUCGGUCUUCCGCCACUCCUUGGACGGCGGGAUAUCAUUAUUGACAAGACUUGGAUGUUCGAGGACGACCCAGAAGUCCAGGGCAUAUCCGUGGGGCAAAACGAUACAGAAACGCCCGACGUUCUUCGCUGCAGGGCGACACUAGCGGCCAUCCAACUGCAAAUCCACGAGGAUAUAUGUGAAGCGUCACUUCACGAUGACAACACACUGGAUGCGAUUCAGACUGUCACCCAUCUGGACGAAAUACUACAGGGUUGGCGCUCGUCAAACGAUGCCAUUAUCCGCCGCCGCCCUCAAGGUUCCGACGAAACUACAUGUAGGAGAUUGAUCAGCUACCCGCUAGGAGCCGUGCUGGUGCUCCUUUCUGCUGUGCUCGAGCAGCCUCAAUCCCAUGACGUGACAGACCAUCUCCACGCCAUACAGCGGUUCAUUGACUACCUUGUGCGGCUCAAAGAGGAUGGCUGCCACGUCGACAGGAUGAUCGAGGGAUGCUACAAACUUCAUCAUGUGGCUAGCUAUGCCGUCAAGGCGUCAACGCAACGCAAUCUACCAGACGACGCCAGCAUGGCUUCCCGCAUCGAGGUGAAUGACACCAGCCCGCCCAGCCCGGGCUUACUCACGAACCAUUCCAUGGCGCGACUGAAGGCCCGCGAGAUCUUUGCGUCGGUACUGGGGGCGGAUGUGUGGGAUGACGAGGAUGGCUACGGGCCCUUUGCUCCUGACGUUUUGAAGUCAUCCAAGAACAACUUUUUUUAA